UACGUCACGCAUAGUAUGCGCGCGCAUUUCGGAUGCAAAAAGCGCGAUUUCAUCAAUGGUUAGUGACAGUGCAAGUGGAUUUUGGAUCAAUUGCUUAAUAAAAUGUCUUGUUGUGUUGUGGGAUGCCAAAACAGGUCAACUAAAAUAAAAGGUCUCCAUUUCUACCGCAUUCCAUCGGGGAAAAGACCGUUUAACGCAAACAGGCGGAGAUUGUGGCUUCAAGCUAUAAAACGAGUGGACUGGACCGAAGACAUCAUUAAAAAUGCACGCAUAUGUGGGGCACAUUUUAUAUCCGGAGAAGCCUCACUGAACUAUGAAAGCCCCGACUUUGUCCCUUCGGUGUUUGAGUACUCUAAAUCAAGCCAGAGACCUGAAGCUAAAUUGGAGAGAUUUCAAAGGAAUAAACAGAGAUCUAAGAGAUCGGUUAAACCACCUUCCCCGUUGACUGCAGAGCCUUGCCCUGGUCUGAGCAACAUGGUGAAACGGUGUGCCUACGGGACUUGUAAAUCUGACACAAGGUACCCUGAGAGAUUAGAGGGAGGCGUCGUUUUUAUCGCAUUUCCAAAGCCGAAAACGCAGGAGGAGAGGUGCCGGCUGUGGAUUAAACAGUGUGGACCCCAGUCCCAACUCAAUAUAUCGAAGAUCAACAAACACACAUAUGUCUGCUCCAAGCAUUUUGUGAAUGGGCAACCUACUCCUGAGUAUCCCAACCCUGUGCUUGCUGUUCAAGUGCCUGGCCAGACAAGGCGAGAACAAGGAGGCUGUCGGAAGCCACCAACAAAACGAUGCAGAUUCAGUUUGCAAGAUGCCUCCGCCUCCACCACCAUUGAGGCAGAAGAGAUUCAACAAUGUGUUGUUGGCAGUGGCAAGCCAUCAUACCUACACCACAGCACACAGCCUGACUGGGCCCCUUCAUUGAAGUUGGCAGGAGAGAAUGAAAGAGGAACACAAAGAGCUCUGUAUGAGCCCGGCAGAGUGAUGGAUGGGAAUGCGAGUCAGGGACCUGAAGAGCGCAGCUGCAGUGGAGAGGCAAAUGGUGUCAAUAUCUUAGACUCUGGAGAGACCACGAGCAAAGAUGAUGCAGAUGGAGAGCGCACCAACGAGGUCAGUGCCAGUGAAGAUCUCACUAAUAGAGAUUCAUCUAAAGGAGAUACUGGAAACACAGUGACACCCAGUCCAGAUGAGACCAAUGGAAAUGAUGCUGGGGGAAAUAAAGAGCCCAAAGGGGACGGUGGCGAUAGCAGGACAGGUGGAAUGGAUCUUGUUAUUGGGAGCAUUCUUUCAGGGGAUGCUGCUAACGCUAAUGCUGCCAGCAGAGACCGUGCAAAUGGAGACUCUCCAGCUCUUUCUAAGGGGAGCCUCAGCAGUGUGGUGAGCUCUUUUCAGACUGGAGAGCUGCUCAGCUCUAGAGACAGCGCCAUGACACAGGAGGCAGCCAGCGACAGCACACCACCAGAGCCUCACUCGCACACCCCCUCCACAGAACAGAAGCCUGUGGCCAGGGCAAAGGAGGACAGACAGGAAGAGAUGGGGACUGAGGCAAUGGAUGUAGAGAGGGGAGAGCAACAAGAUCCGCAGGGUGAGGGUUCAGAAGGGGUAGCGGAGACUUCAGAAGGGGGAAAAGAGGGUACAAAGGAGGUUAGGGGGGAGGAGGGGCAGAAGGUAGUUUUAGAAACGGGUGCUAAGUGUUUGGGAGGGAGCACUGAAAAUUUGGAGGGGGGUGCGGGGGAUAUGGAGGUGGACGGGAAGUCAGGGGACAGUGUGGCAGGGGUGCUGGAGGUUCCAGUGAUCAGUGAGAUUAAGGAAGAGAUCAGCAUGGACUCUGAGCCCAGCAGUUCCGUAGGGGGAGACACAAACGCCUAUGCCGACCUGGACAUGGGCGUAGACAUGGAGAUGAGCACGGGAGGUUUGGACAUGGGAGUGGAGACGGUGGCCACUUCACAAUCCAAGACGUCCUCUGAAACACAGGUUGUGCACACCCAGAAAGUGAUCAGCGUGACCAGAGAAACAGACCCCGAGGAUCUGGACAUGGGAGUGGACACGGUGAUGGAGGACAACACAGACUCAACAUCGGAAGGGAGCAUAGGAGACAAAUCAAAGAGGGCAGCCUCAGGUCUAGUUCUGAGCCAACCCCAAAAGGAUUCGUCUGUAGGGCUAAAGCAGGAGAACCCUGACCCAUCCAGUGACCACACAGGCAGCCUCAAGGCUCCUGCACUGCCCAAACAGGAAACCAGCACAUUAGAUCCAGGAUCUCAGGACGCGGCCCCUGCGGUGGAGCUGAAUCUGUGCAUCAAGGACGAGCCCCAGGAUGAGGAGUACGAUCGGGCACUUGCCCCCUUCAACACCGAGGGCAUCAAGGAUGAGCCCUACUCGGGAGAGGAGUUUGGUCAGCAGAAGUUGUCUGAGCAGUUUAAGAUCAGUGCGGUGUUCUCUGUUGGGCAGACAUCUGCUGUUACUGCUGCUAAAGCAGAUGUGCCCAUGGCGGUGGCACCUCCGAAGCCCACGCCGCCUCCCUCAGCGUUGCCAGCGCAGCUGCCAACACCGAGCACCUUGUGUGUGGUGUGUUCGGGGUGCCAGAAGGUCCUGCUGAAGGGCCAGACGGCGUACCAGCGCAAGGGCUCGCCUCAGCUCUACUGCUCCACCUCCUGCCUCACCGGCUCCACCGGCACAGUCCUCAGAGCAACUACCAAGAGGACCUGCCACUUCUGCCUCAAGGUGAUCUCUAACCCAAAGGAUGUGAUCAUUGCCCCCGUGGACAAGGGGGGCUCAGUGAAGGACUUUUGCAGCCAGAAGUGCCUCUCCUCCUUCAAUUACAAACGGGACAGCGUUCUGUCCACAGCUGCAACCACCAAACCAGCCUCGUCCGUCGUCACCUUGGCUUCUCCAGCCCCCUCUGCUCCACUCUCCUCGUCGGAGCCCAAAGCACGGUGCAGCUCCUGCCAGAAGGUUGUGGUGAGUAAACAUGAGGUGAACUACAUGGGCGCGCUGCACAAGCUGUGCAGUGACGAGUGCUUCACGCGCUUCCGCUCCUCCAACAAGCUGACCAUGAACUGCUGCUCCCACUGCGGAAGCUACUGCUACCAGGGCAGCCAAGGCAGCCCGGGACACACGCUGCAGAUCGACCGCAUCAGCAAGAAGUUCUGUAGCCAGGCUUGCAUCACCGCUUACCGCAAGAAGGGUCACAAGACUGUGCCAUGUGCGAUGUGUAAGGCGACGCGUCCCUCCUCAGACAUGCUUGAAGGUGUCGACAGCAAAGGCAAAACGGAACUCUUCUGCUCUGCCACGUGUGUGACCGCUCAAAGAGUGCACACGGUCAGCUCUGCUGGGACGUCGUUGCCAUGUGACAAAUGCAGCACCACUGCCGUGCCUCAGUACCACCUCGCCAUGUCCGAUGGAUCCAUCCGGAACUUCUGCACCUUCAACUGUGUCCUCAGCUUCCAGGACAACUUCAACAAGACCAACGCACAGGUGAAGCUGAGUGUAACAGCAGCUAAAUCGGCUGUGGCACCCAGCACCUCGGCCGCACCAUCGCCCUCGCCCUCGCCCACCCCCACCCCCACGCCCACGCCCACGCCCUUUCAGACCAUGACUCCCUCCUCCGUUAAGAUUGGGAAGGUGACCUGCCGCCACUGUAACACCACCAUCAGCAGCCGGCCAGACCCAGUGGAGGUCAAGGGCAAGAUGUUUGUGCUGUGUGGGAAGCAGUGCGCGGAGGACUUCAGGAGGAUGAGCCUGCUGCCAAGCCGCUGCGACUACUGUAAGGUGGACAAAGGCGUGAAGGAGGUCAAGAGGGUCUGCGGCGUGGACCGGCUCUUCUGCAGUGAGGGCUGCACUCUGCUCUACAGGCACGACCUGGCCAAGCGCUGGGGCCGCAAACACUGCCGCAGCUGCCGCUACUGCGGCGCCAUCUCCCAGGUCCUCGUCACCAGCCUUUUUUCUGGCAAACAGGAAGAGUUCUGCAGCCACGACUGCGUUUCCUCCUACACACUGCUCUUCUGCCAGGUGGCUAAGUGUGCGUGCUGCCAGCGUGCUCGGGCCAUGUCUGAGUCCCUGCGCUGGGUCGGGGAGAUGAAGCAUUUCUGCAACCUGAGCUGCCUCCUGUUCUUCUGCUACCAGCACGGCAGCAAGGAGCCAAUCAACCAGGUCAUCUCAGCCGCGUCGAUCCCUGCAGCUAAAAACCCACCCGUCUCCAAGGAGGCCACGCCCAUCAUUGCCAAUGUCAUCUCUCUCUCCAGCACCCCUAAUGGUCAGCCCAGUGUCCUGGCCAACCCUACACUACAAGGUGCGGUACCAAACAUGCCUGUCAAGAUCAGUGGACAUGCAAGCACGCAGACGGAUGCAGUGAAGGCUCCCGCUCCCCCUCCCCCCAGAGUGCUGAAGAACAAAGCGCUGCUCUGCAAACCGCUCACACAGACCAAAGGCACACUCUGCAAGCCCACAUACCAGACCGUAGAGACCCAGACAGAGCAGAUACACCCAACUGUGCUGGUGGUGCCCAUCCCUGUGCCCGUGUAUGUGCCAGUACCCAUGCACCUCUACAGCCAGUACACCCCUCAGCCGCUGGGUCUGCCACUACCGGUGCCAGUGCCCAUGUUCCUGCCCACUACUCUGGACAGUGCGGAGCAGAUAGUCGAGGCUAUUCAGCAGAUUAAAGAGAAGAUCCCCGCGGACCCGCUAGAGGCCGACCUGAUUCUCAUGGCUGAACUCGUCGCCGAGGGCAACCAGAAGGACGAGGAGGAGACGCCAGUGCCCAGCACCUCCCCAGCCGAUGCUCCAGUUGGUUCCCCCCUGCCCAUCUCAGACUUUGAUCUGGAUGCUCUGGGCUGGGGCGAUGACCUGCUCUCCGCUCACACAUCUGACACGCCCACAUCCUCCCUUGGCCCAUCCCUGCCGGAAACCCCUGAGGAACACAUUGACCUGGAGGCAGACAUCCCUGUUGAGUCCCUGGAGAUGACCGCAGAGACAGUUGAGCCUCCGGGACCCCCACCCUCUAAAAGACCACGCCGCAAAGUUCGAGAUGCCAUCCCUCAGAAAAAACGGCAGUCCCUCCGUAAGCGCCCUGCAGUGGAGCCUGCUGUGGAGCCUGCUGUUGUGCCUGCCCCUGUUGGUAAGCUGCGUGCCGUGUACGGGGUGAAGGCCUGGAAGAAGUGGGUGCUUUGGAGGAACGCCCAGCCUGAUGUCAACACACCCCGAUUCGGCUCCCGGCCCAUGGUGCUGAAGGAGGAUCUGCUGCAGUGCAGCACAGCAGAGCUGAGCUUUGGUCUGUGUAAAUUCAUCAGUGAAGCCCGGCGCCCCCAUGGUGAAGCAUACAGCCCUGACAGCCUCUAUUACCUGUGCCUGGGCAUACAGCAGCACCUGUUUGAGAACGGGCGCAUGGAGAACAUCUUUGCGGACUUCUUCUACAGCAAGUUUACCCAGGAGAUAACCAAACUACUUCAUGACUGGAGUGCUAUGGGAACACCAGGUGGUAAGGUCCGCUCUCGUGUUGAGGAGGAGUACCUGUGGGAGUGUAAGCAGCUGGGCGCCCUCUCCCCCAGCGUGCUGCUCUACACACUCUUCUUCUUCUGCACCAAACUCUUCGGCCUGCGCACCGUCCAGCAGCACCAGCGCCUGUCCUUCGCCCACGUCAUGCGCUGCACACGCACACACAAGAACGGCAAGGCUGCCUGCCUCCGCUUCUACCCCCCCAUUAACCGCAAAGGCUCCCCUACUGAGACUCUAGACUGUGAGGGGGUAUCUGCCAAGAAAAGGAAGGUGGAUGAGGAAGAGGAGCCGGUUCUAGAGAUGCAGGAGAACACAGAGAACCCUUUGCGCUGCCCCAUCCGGAUCUACGAGUUCUACCUCUCCAAAUGCUCACCAUCAGUAAAGCAGCGCACCAACGUUUUCUACCUGCAGCCUGAACGUUGCUGCGUGCCCAACAGCCCCAUGUGGUUCUCCUCCGCGCCACUAGAGGGUGAUGCCAUGCAGGCCAUGCUGACACGCAUCCUCACUGUCAGAGAACUGCACCUUCCACAGGAGCCCAGCACUCAAAAGCCUGCCUCAUCUGACGAACAGGACUCAGAUUGAACGCACAUACAGGCUCCACUCACAAGCAGGACUUUGUGUUAAAACACUUCACACACACACACACACACACACACACACCUGCACACGAUGGACAGAACAAGAAAAAUCGAAUAGAAACACACUAACUAAGUGACACACAAACACAGUCUUCUGAUGCGCGUGAUUCUCAUGGAGUAGCUCCACUCCCUCAGUCUACCAGGACUCAAGACAUGAUUGGAUGUGUAGAAUAAGCACACAUAUGGACUUGAGCAAGUGUGAGAGAGGCCUCUUUGAGUUGUUCACGUGGGGUGGAGACAGAUGGGGAUUGAAUGUGUGCCCUGCUCUGUCCUCCAGUGUCUCUGUAAGGGCCAGUGUUUUCAGAGCACUGCUCACGGGGCCCAGUCCAGUCAGGAGGAGUAGAAAGAGCCAAACCAGUGAGAGGGACUGUGUUGAUGCUGCCCCCUCCUGCCAAAGAGAGGAAGAGACACAGCAGUGGCACAGAGACCCAAAUCCAGCUGAACAGUUUGCACACACUGUGUAUUACACAGGAGCAGCAGCAGCAGCAGCACAUGUCCAUCCAGCAGGCUGAUUCCAAGUGUUGGGGGGCAGAGGCUAAGUGAAGUAAGUUGAAGGUAGUCUUUCCUGCAGCCAGGGGGCGCUGUGAUGGAGUGUAGAAAAGGAAGAGUCCUGAAGAGUCGGUCCCUUCUAAAUGAAUAGAUAAGUGCAAGUGUGUCAGUUUCUGAUCAGUCCUCUGGUUGCAUCCCUGAUCUGAGAAUGAAGAUGCCUCAGAGUUCUAUUUGUGCCGUGUGUAGAGGUUCAUUUUCUACCAAAAGAGAUUGUUUUUUCUAUGUGUAACAGUUGACACUCUAAAGUAACAGAUGUACAUGUCCAACAGUAGUAGCCAUUUUUCAUUGCUGUAGAUCAGAGUAGAAUAAAGGCUUGACUAAGGAGCACAGUGUGCUGUUGGGAAAUAGAACCUUCUCCAGUGUUGCCCUUUCAUGUACGAUUGAAAAUAUCUCACUAAACAGAAUGUAUUUCAUCCAUGUAUUUUCAUAUUUCUCUUACCGGACUCAAACACAAAACCCAAGCGCCAUAAAUACUACUGCAGACCAAACAAAAAGCCACUUGUAGGCCACAAAACUCAAGACAGACCAGGCAACCAAUACAUGAAAAUGGCCAAAUACUGGGUGGUUGAGAUAAAAUAUGAAAAGUGUUCACUGUUAAAUAUGAUACUUAAUGCAUAGAAGAGAUGGCAGAGUAAUUAGCUCAAGUUGGAAGAGAUCACACAGAUAUUCCAUGAGUUUGAUAUGAAGAUGAACAUUUACAGGUGUGGGUCUACAGGACGGCAGCCACUCAUCAGUCUAAACACCUCAGGAAAGAGAACAGCAUAUCAGCAAAUAACAGGCAAGUGAAGUCAAAUUCUGUAGGGAGAUAUCAGGUGUUUUUACAUUGAGGAUCAAUUAUUAAGGUUGCUGUACGGAUCUACCAAGUGUCAACUGCAAAUGUCUGGUCCAAACUCCCUUUCAAUUAUUAGGGUUGCUGUAAGGAUCUACCAAGUGUCAACUGCAAAUGUCUGGUCCAAACUCCCUUUGAAUCAAUUUAGAAGAAUUUAAUUCAAACCUAUUUUAAAGGGAAAAGAUUGGGAAUUGCAUAAAAACAAUUCCACAAAUGUCUACUGUUAUCUACAAUGGAUGAUGACACAUUCGCUACACACAUGGUCAGAUUGGACUUGGAGAAAAAGUGCUGUUCUCUGCCUCUCACGUCAUCUGAGCUUUUAUCAAUAUUCACCUGGAAUACAAAUAUAAAAUGUGUUCUCUUAUUAGAAAUAGUAACUGGAUUUGUAGAAGGCCUACAAUUUUUAUGAGGUUUGUCCCCUGGUCACUUAUAGUAGGCUUAACAUGGACUGUGAAAAGUAUCUUUUAAAUAUUAAUAAGGUCUAUUAGUGAUAUUUAAGGCAGCAUUAAUGAGUUUUGGUGUAAAACUGGCAAGUUAAAGAUGAAGAUGAAGUCCGCAAUCCAGUUUCUCAAAAUGUUGGUUUGAGCUCAACAGGCAAUCAAAUUACACCUCUCCCUUCCAUGCUCCUGAAGUACUGGGUUGAUUGACUGGGAUUGUUUGGCUCGAGUUACUAUGGGCCAGGACUGUGCACAUUCACAUGACCAUAUACCAUCAAAUUGAUUUAGAUGAUGAUACCAAAACCAGUUGCUAUAAAAUACCUGAAAAAGAGGUAAGAUGCUACAUAAUCAUAGAAUAGAAAAGCCUUUACUGUCAUUGUAUUCGUAUACAAAUACAUUUGGAAUGCUGCUCCUGUUGGUGCAACAAUGGACAACAUAUAACACAACAAUAGUACAACCAGCUAAAAACAGUACAAAUAGCUAAAAUAUAUAUACUGUAUAUAUUAAGAGUGCGGUGUUAUAGAUUACAAAUACUUCCCUGAGGUGCUUUAUAAUAGAUACAGAAACAAUUGUGUUUAUACACAUGUGUAAGGUGACUGAGAUGGCAUAAGUUACUUGCAGUCGAAUAAAGUGAUUGAUUAGUGUAUUAAUAUUGCACGAUGAAAUUCUA